AUCUAUAUGAAAUUAAAUUUAGUAAGAAAAUUAGAAGAAUUGUUCAAACAUCAGAACAAUGUACUCUUUAAACAAUCAAUUUUUAUUACUAACUGUAUUAGUGAUUUGUUCCUGUGAUGUCAUUUUAAGUGCACCGAAAUAUACAAGUGACGAAAAUAAUGAUCAAAGAUUGACUGGAAAGGAAGAAGGUACAACCGAAAUAGUUCAAGAGGAAAUUAUUCCAGUUAACAAUUCUGGUUUUCCUAUAAAUACAAACUUCGUUCCCGUAUCACCAUUGAUUUACCAGCCUCCUAUGCUACCUUAUAACUCAUAUAAUCCAUCAUUUUUUUACCAACCAUAUUUUAUACCUCCAGCAGUUCUUCCAAAUAUACCACCAGCGACUAUUCCGAUUCAACCUUUUCAACCUCCUGUAGAAGCAAAUAACAUUUAUUUGGAUUAUGAUGAAAACAAUAAUUUAAUAUCGAAUUCUACAAUGGGAUUUCAACCAGUAACGGAUGAUGCGGAAAAUACUAAUUCCCAAAAUGAUAUCCAGAAUAAUGCUUCCCGAUUUAGACCGACAAGCAACAAACAAACGUAUGUCACACCUAUAAAAUCUAUUAAGAAACAUGGGUACCGUACAACAAAUCAGGAAUCAUAUAUUGUGGCUGAAACAUAUAUUCGACCUAAUGAGAAGCCAAAAACAAUAAUCAGAGUGUAUUAUGAUCCAUCUCAAAACCGAGAAAAUAUCACGAUUGUGGAUCCAGAUUCGAGUAAAGUUAUUGAAAUUGAAUCAAAUGUGGUGAAUGAGCAUGUUGUAACUAAUACGGAUAGUGGCGAUACUGUUAGUAAUCCUACAACCGCUAAACCUGUUGCUACUCUUGGUGGUCAAGCAACUGAAUAUUCUGCAUGGCCUUUUGGACGAUGGGUAGCUACUGAAGCUACUACUGAACCUACUACUGAACCUACGACUGAACCUACGACGGAACCUACGACUGAACCUACGACUGAAGAAACAUCAUUCGAAGAAGUCACACCUGAUCAGACAAUAAAUAUUCCAGGAGAAAGCUAUGAGGACGUGACAAGGAAAUCAACAAAUGACGCUAGUAAUGAAGAAGAUGAAGCAGAUGAAAACGAAGAAGAUGACGAUGAAGAAGCUAGCGAUGAAGAAGCUUACGAUGAAGUUCAAAGGGACGAUUAUCAUACCAUUGUUCCCAAAUCAACAUUAAAAAAGAAAAUCAAUGAUAAAAAGUAUGAGCGAAUCCCAAAAAAAUGGUUAAAUCUUCCGACAACUGAACGAGUAGUUUCAUCCACCUCUACCGAAACUGUUCCCAUUUGGUUACGAAAAUCAUAUACUACACCAAAAAUAUUUGCAUUUAAUUAUGCGACAAUACCUACAACGGCUGGAAACAUUGUUGGAAAUAUCCGACCCAAAACAAAUGAUUUCAAUCGUGGUUGGUUUUCAUGGAAACAACCAGUUGCCAGCUAUAAUCCAACAUCAUGGAAUGUGGAAACAACUACUCAAGGGUUAAGAUUCGCUUUCUUCCGUUGAAAAUAUUAUUUUUUUCAAGUUUGAUGAAAUUAUUACAUAUGAUUAGAUAUACUCAUGAUAAAUACUCAAUCAUUAUUUACUAAUAUUACAGUUUAAAAUAGUUUUAAAAA